AGGAUCUACGCCGGGACUUUAGUCUACUUUCCGCCUCCCACCCCACGCCUGCGUCUCCGCCUUGCUCGGCUCGGAGGUCUUUCAUACGGCUGCGCGGCAUCGGGGCUGGAAGCGGCGCAGACACGGCACUGAGACCGGCUCUCGGGGGCGGGAGGGGGCUGUACCGAGAAGCGGCCGCGGCUCUAACCCCGUACUGCCGCCCAGGGCCCUCGGCAAGGCAAGUCCGGAGAGGAGGGGGGUUUCCGUGCCUGAUAUGUACCCCACCGUCCGCCGUGCUGUGGAUUUCGUGCGGAUAAGGGUAUGGAUUUCCCAGGCCACUUCGACCAGAUCUUCCAGCAGCUGAACUACCAGCGGCUGCACGGCCAGCUAUGCGACUGCGUCAUCGUGGUGGGCAGCCGGCACUUCAAGGCUCACCGCUCGGUGCUGGCUGCCUGCAGCACACACUUCCGUGCCCUGUUCACAGUGGCGGAGGGCGAGGGCAGCAUGAACAUGAUCCAACUGGACAGCGAGGUGGUGACGGCGGAGGCCUUCGCCGCCCUGGUGGACAUGAUGUAUACCUCCACCCUCAUGCUAGGCGAGAGCAAUGUCAUGGACGUUCUGCUGGCCGCCUCGCACCUGCACCUUAAUGCCGUGGUCAAGGCUUGCAAACACUACUUGACCACGCGCACACUGCCCCUGUCUCCCCCGGGAGAGGCCACUUUGCACCCGCAGGAGCCGCACCUGGAUGGUGGAGGUCCCAGACCCCAGCGCUCCUUCCUUUUGCAGCAGUUGGGCGUCAGUUUGGUGAGCUCCGCCUUGAGUGGGGUGGACGAGGGCGCUCCUGGUGGUGGGGCGGUGGAACAGCGUGCCUCAUUCCCCAUCCGGCGCUUCCAUAAACGGAAGCCGACGCUUUCCUCGAUGGUUGCCGAUGAACGCCCCCGGCACCGGAUCCGGAUCUCCGCUACCUUGGAGGGGGCGCCCCACACCCGGGGAGGCUCUGGCGACCUGGGUGAGGGGGACUUCUUCUCUCCAGAUUCAAAACUGGACACCGGCAUUGCCAAUGACGACAGAGAAAGUAGUGGUAUCCCAGAACUGCAGGCGGGGCAGGAUGAUGCCCAGCUGCCAAGCCAGUCAGACGGUGACUGUGGACAGGACCCACUGGGGAAGGUGGAGUAUGCAGGUGUGCCGACGCAGGAGGCUGGACUCCUUGUCAAGGUCAAGGAGGGGGCGGAGGAGGAGGAGGCACCGCAACAGAUGCAGGUGGUGGUGAAGAGCGAGCCCCUGAGCUCGCCGGAGCCUGCUGAUGAGACCAGCGACGUAGCCUCGCAGGCUGAGUGCAGCGACCAGGUGGAACCUGGCGCCGAGAAGGUGGAGCUCAGCCCCGGGGGGAGCGACCGCAGCUUCUCGGAUCCGCAGUCGAGCACAGACCGCGUGCCUGAGGUGCACCUGCUGGAGGGGGUUGCAGACGGGGGACUCGGCGGCGGCGACCAAGAGACGAGGAUGCCUCGAGAUGGUCUGGAUGGCAAGCAGGGCUUUGCGAUGCCAUUUGGGGGCACUAAGGGUUAUGGGUCAAUGCCCUGCAGGCGGGGGCUGCUGCCUGAUGACAGUCUGCCCAACACGACCACGGCAGAGUGCGGGCCGGACAUGGAGGCUGGCGGCUACCUGCGGAGCCCAGAGUCCCUCAGCGCCUCAUCCUCCCUCCUGUACCCAGGCAUGCGCCACCCCCACCAGCACCUCCUCUCCAGUGAUGCGCACUCCUUUGGCGACAUGCAGGCAGACUCCUUCUUCCUGCGACCUGCACAGGAUGGGCUGGGCUACCAGCCAAGCCGUGCACCUGACUCAUUCCCUCUAGACUACCAACGCUCCAACCUAGGCCUGCACUCUCUGCCCCACUCACCCAGGGGAGGAGGCGCUGGUGGUGGCCCGGGCUUCCCCUCCUACCGCCGCAUCGCGCCCAAGAUACCCCCAGAAGGCAGCUCCGGGCUAGCUCGCAAAGAUGCAGCUUCUUCCUCAUCCUGCGGAAGCUUCCAGGGCGGGCCUGGUUAUGGCGGCCCGGAGUCCCAGCGAGGCGCCGGUGUGGCCGCACCCCCUCCGCUGACGAGGGCCUCGGCCGACGUCCUCUCCAAGUGUAAGAAGGCGCUGUCGGAGCACAACGUGCUGGUGGUGGAGGGUGCCCGCAAAUAUGCCUGCAAGAUCUGCUGCAAGACCUUCCUGACACUGACGGACUGCAAGAAGCACAUCCGCGUACACACAGGCGAGAAGCCCUACGCCUGCCUCAAGUGCGGCAAACGCUUCAGCCAGUCCAGCCACCUGUACAAGCACUCCAAGACCACCUGCCUCCGCUGGCAGAACAGUGGCCUGUCCGGGGGCCUACUUUGAGCAUGCUAGGGGUGGGACCAGGGCUGGGGGUGGGGCAUAGGCGAGGCAUGAUGUGCCUGUGGGCGGUACUAAGAGAGCCACACCUUCUUUUAAGGAAGCUUAUGAAAAAGUCCAGUUAUUUCAGUGGUCACUGUCUCAUGACUAAUUUCUACAUGCCCGUGCCACAUCACUCUGAUCUGUUUUGGGUGGAGGAGCCACUCGUUGACACUGACAUGUGCCGAGGUACAACCCUGUUGGGAAUGUGGAUCAGCCACAUAAAGUCAUUAAUGCAGAACUGCCUUUUAUCUGCGUCCUUGCAGAAGGUGACCUGCAUGGUUGCUAAGGAACAGGCUGGUGAGAAUGCGAGAUUGCCUCCCUGCCCUUCGGUUUGCUUCUGAAGGCUAAACUGUUUGUUUUUGCUGGUGGGAUAAAUGCGCCUGACUUCACAGGAAAGGGUGCGGGCGGGGGAACGUUUCUGUUUGUGUGUUUUGUCCCCAUUUCUCAGUCACUACGGCUAUUAUAAUGGCGACUUUAAGUGGUAUCUUCAGAUUAUAUUCACUGAUUUGUUCUCUGUUGUUGGCCAGGGCCCCAAGGCUUAUGUGAGUGUGUAAUACAUCACACUCUUGAAAGCAGGAUACUGCUUAGCAGUGAAAUUUUGGCUUCAUUGGGCAAAAAUAUGGAAAGAUUUUUCGCGAGGGGACGUUCUCUUGUUUUGCGUGAAGGUUUCUCGAGGUUCUUGGUGAGGUUUGGAGGAGUGACAUAAAAUGCAGAAGCUGUUCAAAAUGUAAAUAUCGCGCAUAUCUGCAGAAGGCAUGGUUGGCGCGUGAACUUUGCUUCUAGCUGAUGUUUUUCUUCGACCAAAAUGUCCCACUCUGCUGGGAAACGUCUUCUUCGUAAGUAACGUUUUUUGUUUGUGCGGCUUGCACUGUAGGUUGAUGUAGAUGAUCGGAAAACCCUACACCGCCCUUCAGUGAAUACUCCCUGUCUUAACUCCCGUCAGUAUAGUUCCUAUGUAGCUAACCCUGAGCACUACACUCCCAGUGUAGGUGUGGCGGUGACCCUCUGUUCUGUUACUGCUGACGACUGUACUCAUGGUGUCUAAGAUUGAAAGUUGUGUGGUGCGUCGUCUUUGCUUGUGUUUUGAGGUCUGCAUCAGCAGCCAAUUAACACGUAUCCAGCAUGGGUCCUGGAGAUCUCCGUACGACAGCAUUCCUUACAUCACUUGAUGUCCUGUCCUGUGGACCCUUCCUGCGCUCAUAGUCAUCCGAAAACAAGUGCCUGUCCGACUACCAGGUCAAUGUCCUCCUUUGUAACAGGUGAUGUAUGUAAGAUCAUCUGGAAAGGGACUCUGCAGGACCUUAACUGGGCACGUCUUCUGGUUGAAAGAGAGAAUUACUGCAAAGCAAAAACCCAAUCAAUCAUGUCAUCCGACGGAACAUGCCUACACAGUAAUUAUUUAAGGUUACCGGAGAAGGGGUGAACGCGUUGACCUACUGUGACAAAUUUGAGCAUAGCUGUGUCACGACUUCCUUUCAGAUCAACAGGACAUGAUGGUUUUAUAUUGUUUUUCCAAAACAUCUGUUGUGCUGGUGAAACUGAGUCUUAGUUGCUGACCCCCACCUCAUAGGUAAAUAUCCUCAGAAUUUCCUUUUGUUUUAAAAAUGGAAUCGGACCUCUGUGUCUUCCUUAGGUCCACACGGCCGGAGCCUACUUCCUGAUGUAAGAGUUUCCUCUGAGCCUUGAUGUGACCUAAGAUCAUCCAUCCAAAUGUAAUGUUGGUUUGAGUCCUUGCCUAGGAAGAACACUGGAAGCAAGCUGUGUCACCGACAUGUCCCCGUGUGUGUCACCGACAUGUCCCCGUGUGUGUGUCACCGACAUGUCCCCGUGUGUGUCACCGACAUGUCCCCGUGUGUGUGUCACCGACAUGUCCCCGUGUGUGUGUCACCGACAUGUCCCCGUGUGUGUGUCACCGACAUGUCCCCGUGUGUGUGUCACCGACAUGUCCCCGUGUGUGUGUCACUGACAUGUCCCCGUGUGUGUGUCACUGACAUGUCCCCGUGUGUGUCACCGACAUGUCCCUGUAACUCGCAGAGUUCUAGUUUGCAGAAAAACCAAAACACACUUUGCAUUCUCAGAGUUUCCUCUAAUAACACUGGAACUGAAGCUCACUUAUAUUGCUGUUGCUGUUGUACAACAAUGCAUCUGAAAUAUUUUCUGUACUAAUUUAUUAGAGUUUGGUCUUCAUAGUUAUAUUAGCCCUAACUGCUUACAUGAGAGUGCACUGUUUGACUUACAUGCAUACGUACGUACAUCACUUGAAGACUUUCCAUUUGUAAGUUUUACCAUUCGAAGUGGAGGGACAGGUCUCUGCCUUACAGCACUAGUUUGAAAAACUGGGGCUUCGUUAUGCCAAAACUGACAAACUGAUGUGUCCUCUUCACUUACUGUCGUGACUUUUAGAAGACAACCCGCUUUGUAGAAAAGUAACAAAAAAUGUAUUUUAUUUCAUUUGUUGUACAAGAAUAAAGAUGGAAAUGUC